AGCAUACUUUUUAGGGCUUACAAAAUGCUGGACCAUCAUUUUGAAUCGGACAAUUCUUAACAAAUAAAAGCUUCUAAAAUUCCUAUAAAAUUUAAAAAUAUUUCAGUAAUGCUUAGUUAAUCCAACUAAGUAGGCUUCUACCCUGCUGCCGGUCAGUUUGUUUCCCAGUUCAAGUAAUGGAAUCGACUAUAUUAAUAUCCAUGUAAAAUUCGAUCUCAAAAUUCAUCUUCCGUUCUCCUUUUUUUCUUUGUGCAUUUCGAUUGAAGUCACGCCAUGGCAUACACCAUCAGAUUGGACUGGAUAAGGAAAAUCCUGAGUACAUGCGGUACGAAACAUUGUCGUAGUAAAGACUGCUUAAAACAUAUGUUAACCCUGCUAGACAUUGCUGGCAAACCAAAGAUCUGCAAUGAAGAACCCAUGUGGCGGGUGAUCAGGAACAACUCAAGCACGGCAUCCGGUGGCAGUGAGUCCCGCAAGAUGGGAAGGAUCAGGGCCAAGACGCCCUACAACGAAGCACCAUUCAGGGUCAACACAUCUCCAAAUGUUCAUCUGGUAAGGAUCCAUCCCUUGGUUAAGGGUCAGAACAAAAAGCCGAAGCGCCUGCCCACCGAUAAAGCAGCCACGAUGAGGAAGUACAAUGCACAGAGGAGAGAAGGGCAGCUGGCACAGACCAUGCGAUCACAGGAUCCCAAUGUUGGUCUCAGACCAAGCUCCACUAUACCGUUAAAGAUCUUCGGAAUGGCCCCAAAGGAGCGCAUUCAGUUUGAUCAUCUGUCCAGAGAUGUCCAAACGCCUUCUCAACUGGCCAUCGAUUUGUUGAAAGCCAAAAAUAUGGAAAGGAUGGUACGCGACUCACAGUCCAGGCUGUUGAACGAGCGGGUCAAGAAACUCUUUGAGAAGCAUGAAGAAACCGAGGCAGAAAGGAAGAACCAGAUAGGUGAUAGGUCAGAAAAAUCGGAAAAUGAUUCCCAAAUCAUGACAAUGGAACUGGGACAGCAGGAGGCCGAGGGAUUGUUGGAACUACUGAAGAAAGCAAUAUCUCUGGGAUGUUUCAACUGCACGGAUCACUCGGAGGUGAAGUAUGUGAAGAUCUCAAGGAUUCAGACGAAGCUGGAAUGGAAUGGCAUGCGUCCCAGCCACUGUACUAUCGAUUCCUUUACCGCAAUUAGUGGCAACAAAAGUGAGAAUUCACAGUCUACCACUGACUACCACAUGCACAUCCGCUGUGCCAAGAUGCCAAGGCCACCACCAAAAACGAUGGCCAAAAAAUCCAACUCCCAGUUAAUGGCCUCCACUUUCAUGAAGGAUGAACAGCGACGUCUGGAUCGAUUGAAGGCUGAGAAGGAGCAGUUAACCAUGAUCCAUGAUCCAGCUAAAUGCUCUGAUUUGGACAUUAGCUCGACGAUUCUCGAUCCCAAAGUUUUUGUCACGAAAAGUCUCGACCAGCACGAGAUUUCGUCGGCUAAUCCGGACUUUAGCUUCUCAUCGGAUAUCGUGGAAAAUCCAGAUAUCUUCUCACAAAAAAUGUCAAAAAGAGGAAUAAGAAAACCCAAGCCUAAACUUUUUCCAAACUGAAAUCGAAUUUUCGUGGAAAUUAUAGCAUUAAAAAACUGAAGACUUAACCAGUUACAAUUUUAAAUCGGAGACAUUCUUAUAGGUUUUAUAAUUUUUGUCAUGGCUUAAAAACUUUAACUAAAUCUAUUAAAGUUUUAAGAUUUUAUCUCACAAUUUGGGUUUGUUCCAAAAAACUCUUGGUCUAAGUCCCCUAAGUUCAUAUUUUCCAUGUUUUUGUUUCCCCAGAGAUCCAAUUCCUUCGAUUAGCUUGGUAAU